CAGCAGCAGCCGCAGGUCCAGCCUUGCAGAUACAAGGUCGGGAAGACUCUGGGCGCGGGCUCGUACUCGGUCGUCAAGGAAUGCGUCCACAUCGACACCGGCCGCUAUUACGCCGCCAAAGUUAUCAACAAGCGACUGAUGGCGGGGCGAGAACACAUGGUUCGCAAUGAAAUCGCCGUCCUCAAAAAGGUCUCCAUGGGCCACCAGAACAUCCUGACGCUGGUCGACUACUUCGAGACGAUGAACAACCUCUACCUCGACCAGUUACCACUCCGUCGCGGCCUAUUUCAGGAAACGCCUGCUCCUCUGCGGCGCGGUCAUGAGCUGGCCCCACUUCGACAUCAGCCGCAACUCCUACCGGACCGCCAGCUUCCCCCACAUCGGCGUCUCGUCCUUCAUCCACUACUGCGGUUACCGGGUCUCCAGCUGCCCGAACGGCACCGGGCAGAAGAACUUCUAGAGCCCCCGGUACAUCGGCCCCAGCGCAUCACCGCCCACGAGGCCCUGCAGCACGCCUUCGUCGCCGGCCUCGCGCCCUCGGACGGCGCCGGCGAGAACCUGCUGCCUACCAUCAAGAAGAACUUCAACGCCCGGCGCACUCUGCACGCCGCCAUCGACACCGUCCGCGCCAUCAACAAGCUCCGCGAGGCGCAGAAUCUCAUGAUGGACGGCGCCCGCUCCCAAGAGCCCGCCCGCAGCCGGGAAGGAAGAGGCGCUGGCUCCAACAACAGCAGCAACAGCGCCGCCGCUCCACCCAGUGCCCGCAAGGACGACAGUGCAAUUUCCAUGGGCUCCAGCCAGGGCAACGACAGCGCGGACAACAACAGAUCGCAGGCCGACGAUGUCGUUAUGGGCAACACGACGGCUCCCGCCGCCAGCGACGUGCCUGCGCUGUUGCAGCCGGGCAACAUGGCCAACCGCAUUGUACAAACAAGCAAAGGCCUCUGGAAUCCCGAAGCC